UAGCUCCAUUUUACAAACCCUAAUUCGGCCGCAACCUUCCAUCUCGCUAUCCCUCUCUUUGUAGAUUGGUUAUUCUGGUCCAGGAUCUUCAGCAAUGGCACCUAAAGCUGACAGCAGCAAAAAGGCUGAUCCUAAGGCGCAAGCCUUGAAGGCUGCCAAGGCAGUUAAGGCUGGUCCAACUUUCAAGCCGAAGGCUAAGAAGAUCAGAACAUCAGUUACAUUCCAUAGGCCAAAGACAUUGAAGAAAGACAGGAAUCCCAAAUAUCCUAGAAUCAGUGCAACUCCAAGGAACAAGUUGGACCAAUAUCAAAUUCUUAAAUAUCCACUGACCACCGAGUCAGCAAUGAAGAAGAUCGAGGAUAAUAACACCCUUGUUUUCAUUGUUGAUAUUCGUGCAAACAAGAAAAAGAUCAAGGAUGCCGUGAAGAAGAUGUAUGAUAUUCAGACCAAGAAAGUGAACACUUUAAUCAGACCCGAUGGAACGAAGAAGGCGUACGUUAGGUUAACUCCGGAUUACGAUGCGUUAGAUGUGGCGAACAAGAUUGGUAUCAUCUAAGCUGCAGAGGUUGGAGGAAGUAUUUUGAUUUCAAUUGUUACAUGUUUAAAUUUUGGAGAGCAUUUUGUAGAAGGGACCCUAGUUUUAUUUCAUCUUUUUAUUAUGAUUAUGUAUUGGUAUUUGUUAGCUCAGAUAGACUGACUGGGUUUACACAAUCCAUAGAACAUUCAUCCCCAUUCCAAUCAUUUUCAUUAUAGUGUGCUUCAGAUUCCAUUAUAACCUUAGUUA